UGUGCUUGCGCGAGCCAGAGCGAGCGCACACGCUGUGGGUAAAUUUGUUUGCGCUCGAAUGCGACGAGCGCCAAACAUACGCACACACACACACACACACAGCCAUGCUCUGGUUUGUCGGCCCCAUUGGGUUAGCCUCACUUUUUCGCCCCGACUGUGCGGUGGCAUUUCAUUUCAGUUUGAACCGUCGUAACGCGCGCGCGUGUGUGUCCGCCUCUCUCGGUCCGUCUGUGCCCGGAGAGUUUCUGUGUGGCAAGAUCGGCUUCCGGCGGCGUUUUGUCAUCCAAGACGGCAGUGUGUGUGUGUGUGUGUGGGGUGGCUGCGUGUACAGGUUUUACAACACCUUAAACGGAUCAAAACCUGCCCCCGGUACAUACUGCGUGACAAACACACGCACGAAAAACGCACAGUUUUGUACCAGUUGGCCCAUUUGACACACGGACGUGGUACGUUUUGUCCCAAGGUUUCCCCGGGUUACCUCUCACGGAGCUGUGCACGCGCGUGUGUUUCUGUGUCUGCCUGCGCGUGUGUGUGUAUGUGCGUUUGUUACAUGAUGGAGAAGGAUUCAAACGAUUACGGUGCACACCUUGCUCCAGUGCAGUGAAGAGUGCCGCGUGUUUGAUCCCCCCCAUACCCCCCGUUUGUGGUUUAUUUUCACAUCGCCUUUUGGGUGCUGAAGUGUCUGCUGGCGUGUACAACAAAUAAAAAAAAAACCGGACACACGCAGUGUGCGGUGUGUGCGUGUGCGCUUCCGCUGCGUGGUGUGUGGUGGUACCUGUGGCGUGCGCUCGCGGGGCAGUAGGAAAGGAGCAACCUGCCCGACUGUGUGUGUGUGUGUCCCUGUGUGCGGCGAACGCGAAAACGGCGUGUGUGUGUGUGCGUGUGUGUACGUUGUGCACGGUGUGCGUUUUUGCGAAAAGUUUUCGAAGUAAAACGUGGCCAACAGACACACACACGCACUGUGGCCCCCAGAGAAGGGACCAGGGACGGAGGUGCCCGGGGUAAGCGCACGCAUUGCAGCCCGAGGUGUUGUCCUCCACAGUGCCAUCGCCGCCGCUGCUCCACAAAACGCAUCACGCUUUUAUUGAAGCGAAAUAACAAAUCGGAUGUCCCCGGAAAGGACACUUGAUGAAGACAGCAGCAGCAGCAGCAGCGAUAGCAACGACAGUACCAGUGUCCACCAUCUAAUUGCGGAAGAAUCGAUCGAGGAAGAGUUGCUGGAGGAGGAAACGCUGCUCGAGCCGGCGGAAACGAUCGUCGGAGAUCACGUGACGGUCGAGACGUCGUCGCCGGUGCCAAGCCCCGGCGCGGAAACGACACUGUCCGCCUGCCUGCUCGGUGGCGCUGGUAUGACCGAGGGUCCCGCCGCCAGCAAGGCAACCACCGGCACCAGCAUGGUACUGUCCGCGAUCCCCCUGGACCAGUCCAUCAUGCACCAGCAAAUUCUGCACCUGCACCAGCAGCAGCACCAGCAGCAGCAGCAGCAACACACCGUGAACCAUACGAUCAACAACAAUAAUACGAGCUUCAAAAAUCACAACAGUAGCCACGCAGGGAAAAACAUCCUGCUCGGCAACAACAACAACAACAACAGCGGCAGUGGCACAGUUACACACCAGAUUGUGCAUCCACACCACCAUCAGCAGCAGUCGCAGCACCACCAAACGUACACCAUCAGUCUGGGCAGCAGCAGCGCUGGUAACGGCACCAACCACUACCAAACGGUUACCACGGUAACGUCGAACGGUGCUCCGGUCGUCAACAGCACCAGCGGAAGCAGCAGCAGCAAUAUGGCGUCCGACCGCAGUGGAACGGCCGGUGCACUCGCACUAGUGACCGGAGGGGCCGCCACCACCGUGGUCAAUGCAGCCGUACCAUCGUCACCGUCCUCGUCCUCCUCCUCCUCCUCCUCUCCGGCAGUAGCAUCGCUCGGUGCUCCUACCAACAGUAGCGCCGGUGGUGGAAUGCUGGUGGUGACGGAUCGCAACGGAACCGCCACCACGACGACCACGGGCAAGCUGGUGCUGCUGCAUCAGGGGCGCGCGGGCGAAGAUUAUAUAACCACGACGGGCGAGACGAUCAACGGUGGCAACAUCGUGCUGCUGGCAACGGAACAGAUGGAUAUGGCCGAGCACGACAUCAUUAACAACAACGUUAUCAUCAGCACGGCGGGUGGUACGACGCGCACCGUCGCGCUGCCCGCGCAUCCCGCCCAUGCGCACGGUGGUUCGCCCGCCGGUUCCGGGCCGCCCGGGAACGGUGACGAGGAGCUCACGUCGUUGUCCUGGUUGCAGGAUAAGAAUUUACUAAAAGGUAUCAACCUGUCCAAAGUGCCAGUCUCAUCGCCCGACAGUCCCAGGCAGGGUGGCGGUACUGCCGCUGCCAGUGGCGUUGCCGGUGGCCGCAUCUCGCCCACCAGUGACUUUGUGGAGGAUUCGUCCAGCAUUUCCGAGGACAACAACUCGUCGGCCAACUCAUCGUCGGCGGAGCAGAGCACGGGCAGCAGCGUCGGUGCGUCGGCUUACUCGACCGAUCCGGCGCCGCCGGGUACGCCCGACCGUCGUACACCCUCCCAGCAUCUGUACCAGCACGGGGCCGGCACGGCGAAGGCAAUCACCACGCUGAACGGGGACACGAUCAUUGGCAUUCCGGUCAUAGCGGUCAAUCAGCAUCACCAUCACGCGCUUGCCGGAAGCAAUGGUAGCACCGUCCAGCAGCGGCAGCAGCAGCACCAGCAACAGGUCAUUCUGGAUGGUGGCAAAACGAUGAAGGUGUCGGUAAUGACCAGCCCGUCCCCGGCAGCAGCGUCACCGUUCAUUGUGGCCGGGUCCGCCGCAGCAGGCACGGUACCGUCGGCGUACGGAAUCGUUUCCUCGCCCGUCAGCUCGUCGGUGGCGGCAGCACCCGUGGCCGCUUCGACACCGCUCAGCACGAAUUCCAACACUACCGCUAAUAGCAGCGGUACCACCACGAACACCACCACCAGCACUACCACCCCGCAUCAACACUUCCACAAAAAGUAUCUUCGCGAGGAGCUGGUGAAACAGCAGCAACAGCAACAGCAGCAGCAGCAGCAGCAACAGCAGCAACAGCAGCAGCAGCAGCAACCACAACAGCAUCAACCAAAUCCAAAAACCGCCUCCAUCGGUGGCACAGUCACGCUUAUGUCAACCGGUGGCGCUAGCAGCAACAUCUUCGUCACACCGAUGAAACAACUAACAAGCAGGUACGGCAGUGCUGUGAAGUACGAGGAUGACGUGAACGAGGAUCGUCACUAUCCACCGCCGGCAGCGCCGGUCAAGAACGGCAGCAGCAGCUACGGUGGCAGCAGCAGCACCAUGAGCUCGCCGAAUGUCAGCGGCGAGGAGUACGGCAACAGCGUCGGCAACACCGUGACCGUGUACGGUGGUCUCAACAUGAUCAAACCAUCGCCCGUGUCCUCGCCGACGCUGCUGUCGCCAGCGCACAACGGUAGCACGGGCAACGGUUUAAUUAUCCAGCAUCAUCCAAGUCAUUACCAGUCGCAGCAGCAGCAGCAGCAGCCGAUUGCGACACCUCCACCACAGCAGCACCAGCAGCAGCAGCAACCGUUACCGCCACCGUCCACCACGUCCAUGCCGGCAUCGCCACAAUCGAGCAGUGCCGUCAGCCCGUCGAAGUUACCUCCGCCGAAGGCAAAGCAUCCGACCAACGUGCCAUACGAUCCGCUUGUACACGUCAACAGCAAGCCACCGUUCAGCUUUAGCUCGCUCAUCUUUAUGGCCAUCGAAAACUCGCAGCAGAAGGCGCUGCCGGUGAAGGAGAUCUACGCCUGGAUCGUGCAUCAGUUCCCGUACUUUAAAACCGCCCCGACCGGCUGGAAGAACAGUGUGCGCCACAAUCUGUCGCUCAACAAGUGCUUCCAGAAGGUGGAAAAGGCUGCGAAUCUCGGCAAAGGCUCGCUGUGGAUGGUGGAGCCGCAGUACCGGCCGAACCUGGUGCAGGCACUGUCGCGCUCGCCGUUCCACGCCGGUUCCGGCAUCGACAAGGCAACGUACAAGAGCAUGCAGCAGCAACGCUCCACCAAUGCCAGCCCCACCGGCAAUGGGUCACACUAUUCCAAGCAGGACAACUUUCCUCAGCUGACGAGCCGACUGGCGCCGGCCGAUGCACAAAACGGUCUGCUGCAUCAGGACGAUCUGGACGACAUUAGCCGCUCCUCGACACCGAUCGACUACGACGGUGGUGCCAGUGGUGAUCUGGCCCCCGGUGUCGGCGGACCGCCACAUCACAGCCCGUAUCUGCCCCAGCAUCAUCACAUAGCGCACGAGCAGCUGCAACAGCACCCGCUGCCGGCCGUGCAUCACGCUCACCAGCAGCUGAUUGCCGUGGCGGGCGGUGGCUUCCAUCGGCACAGCAACGGUUCACCCGAACCGCCCAUGAAUGGGGCGGCGAACGGCGCUACCGGGACCACCACCACCACCACCACCACCUACCUGACGACCGCCGACGGUACGACGAUUGUGUCCUGUCCGGGCGGCGUAGUGUACAUGAAUGGGGGCAGCGUGGGUGGUGCCGCCAGCCUGCCGAAGGAGCUCGUGGCGGGGCGCGAAUGGAGCGCCGACACGAUAGAGGAUGUGAACGCCGCCACCGCAAUGCUGGCGCUCAAGCAUGGACCUAAGAUUUUCACCGAAAGCUCGUUCCGCAAUGGCAACCCACCGGUCAUUACCACCUCCCCGAGCGAGGACCACACGUACUCGGCCGGCGGUGUCGGCGUGCAGGAGCAGCUGGCGGGCGCCAAUGGAGCGGCUGCAAACGGCGGCACUGCCGCGGUGGUAGCGAAUGGAAUUAGCUGCUGCUCGUCGUCGGACGAACGGUACGAGCCGCCGCAGCACAGCAAGCACCACCAUCAUCACCACAACCAUCACCAGCCAGCACCGCAUCAUCACACGGCGAUCCCUCAUGCGCACCAGCCACAGCAGCAUUCGAUCCGGCACAGUGACAACGUCAGCAAUGGCACCUCCUCGGACGCUACGUACGAAAGCAGUGAGGAAAGCCAUCCCGCUCAUGUUGCCUCCGCCGAAGACGUUGAAGAACGCCGUCGCCAGGAAGGUGUGUUCGCGCUGCUCAACCUCGCCCAGAUGACCUACUCGCCCGCCUCGUCCAUGUCCUCGUCCACGUCCACGCUGUCGUCGCCCGCCUCGUCGACGGGUUCGCUGAAGCGUGCCGCACCGGCCAACGGUGCCUCCGACGCGCCGUACGCGCCGCUCCACAACAGCGCGUACCGGCUGCACACCGCCACCGGUUCGCCCGAUCGCGUCCGAACGGGCUCGCCACAGCUCCCGCCGGCGCACCAACAUCACCAGCAUCUGCACCAUCACCUGCAAGCGAACGGGCAUACUAUGCAUGCCGACCAGCAGCAGCAGCAGGGUGUAAACACUCCUGCCGGCGGCAACAUUCUGCAAACGAUGCCGAUCGUUUCCUACUACGGCGGCGGUGGUGGCGGCAGCAGCAGCAGCAGCACCAGCAGUGUCGAUCUAGCCCGCCAGUACGCUUCGCCGCCACCGGCAAAGAAAACCAAACCACGCUCAUCGCUCAAGAAGCUGAAGAAAAAGUCGCUCGGCCGGUAAUGCUCUGGGUCGCGCCACCGUUGGCAUCGGCCGCAUCGCUGCUGCGGUACCGUCCCGAUCUGGAACGACUGACAACACACAAACACACACACACACACAUCCGCACCGCUCGCACGCAUCACCGCUCUGGGCGGGUGCGGUGGGCGGACCUCUAGAUUCAUCACUGGACGCGCGCACUGUAUUGUUACUAUUGUUGCUGCUCUUAGCGAAGCACACUACUGUUGAAUUCACGUUAAUAUUUUAAAAAGCGAAACUCUCAUCCCCGCGAAAGAUGGGAGCUGGCGUGGGGGGAGAAGAAAGGAAAAGCUAUAGGAAACGGCCAACAAUGUCUUCCAUUGUUCGUUUCCCCGUUUAGAUGUUCUUGUUCGGGUAUUCUAACACUCUAUUGCCUUAUUGAUGUACACACGGCGCACGGCGAGGAGCAGCAAGAGAGAAAGAGAGAGAAAGAGAGAGGGAACGGUUGCAUGACUUUCGAAUUGCAAUUGCACGUGUACAGUGCGGCACUGUACAUGGUACGCGGACACCACUGUAUGGGGAAUGUAUAAAGUGUGAUAAUGUUGGAACACCUUAGCAUCUUUUUACCUCGGCAAUCCCAUCUCCUCCCUCUCCAUAGGGGUUCGGUUUCGGCUUGCAACCACCGUACCGUACGUGUCUCUUUCUCCAGGCGCAUCUGUUUCAAUCACGUUCACCUGCGAACUGUUUUUAUCCCGUGUUUUAGCUAUCUUUCGUUGCUGUUUUGUGUGUUAGCGGAUCGAUUUGGUGCAAAACACGGCACCGAUGCAGUAGUAGUAGUAAUAUAGUAGUUAGGUGUUAGGUGUGUGUGUUGUUUUCGCCACUUGACAUCAUCAAAGCGGUUCGGUAGAGUUGAACUCUUCUGCGAGAAAAAAAACAAACAAGCAACACAUCUCUAAGAGAGGAAAUUGUAAAUCGUUUUCAAAAAAUGGUUCUCCAGCUGCUGGAAUAGGUUCGUUAGACAGGCCUCCGUUGUACGGAAAGCGGGCGAGAAGCAUGUUAGGAAGGGGGCCGUUCGUUAAUGCUUUCGCAAGUUUGUUCACCGAAGCACAAGCAUAGCUUGUCCGAGCUCGUUUUUAGUGGUCCGUCGGAAGGGUGUUUCCGCUGUCCCUUUAGCGUAGAACACAAUCCUCGCCUUUGCGUAUACCUUGUUUUGUUAUUUUUUGGGCCGUGUUUUGUGGCCCCGUUUUCAUCAUGUUCCAUUACAAUCAACCAUUUGCUUAAUUGUUUUUCCGGUUUAGUGUAGUGUAGAGAUGUAGGAACGAUUGAGGAGUUUUACUAUUUUCGAUACACGAUGCGUUCGUAUCGGUGAGUGUGGCGAGGGGGAAGACCCUGCUAUCUGUUAUCCGGCAUACCACGCAUCGGCCACCCCGUGUACAGUGCUCGUUUAGAAAACGAAGCUGCAAGAAGCCAAUCAAUGAAGUUUGUAAUGUAAGCAACCCUUUACCUAACAGCAGCAAGACAAAGAAAAUGAAUGAAGCGAGAGAGAAAGAGAGAGAGAAAGAGGGAUAGUGAAAGAGAGUGAAAGAUAGAGAGAGAGAGAGGGAAAAAGUUGCGGAAACGCGCAAACCGUAGUCAAAAUGGCACCAAAAUUGCAUUUUUUUUGUUUUUAUAUACUUGUUUAACAGUUGUUUCGAUUUUAGUGCUCCGUGUUUAUGUUUGCCCUAUUUGUUAGCAGUUAUCGAUUACAAAGCAAACGUGUCGUUUAGCCGCGGCGGUAGUAUAGAAAUAUACACCUUUGAGCGGGGCGAACUUGCUAAGACUAAUUAACGUUAUGUUGUAUGCAUACAUUUAUAUAUCUAUAUAUAUACAUCUACCUACAGCUAAGAGAAGAAUAAGAAACGAGUGAUUUAUGAUAUGAUAAGCGGAAAAAUAGGUGGAAUGUGCAGGAGUGUGUCAGGGGAUCAUCGCCUCCGAAACCGACCGAACCACACCACAGGUAAAGAAGAAGAAGAAGAAGAAGAUGAAGAAGAAGAAGAAGAAGAAAAAGGAAAGUGGUCAACACACAGAACUUAUCUACUCGCGCCUUCAAUCUAGUUAUUCACUUAUCCCUAACACACCAUUGUCCUACUAUCGAUUAAGGUCCUGACCGAUUUUGGUAUAAAACCAGACGCGGGGAGAAGGGGUUGGAAUGUGUUCGGUCCCCGUCCCCAACCGUGAUGUUAGCGCCAUUUCCCCUCCCCCCCCCCCCCAAUUUGGGCGGUUGCUUCAAUCAAACUAUUGUUUACGAGGUUAACGUUUAAGGUGUAAUUUGUGCGACGUAAGCCGUUCGCGUCUAGCGAUGCCAUCGAAUGAGAAGGAGACCAGGGCCGGUAGGAAGAGAAAAAGAUAAAAGAACAACGGAUUUCAGUACGGUCCCCCCCCCCUCUUUGGAUGGCUUUCCCAAUAGCGGUGGAACGCAACGCGCGCGUUUUAGAGUUUAAUGAUGUGCGAGAAGCCGGGGUGGUUGAGUUGCUACGUUUAUCUAGUGCUUUAUAUACUUCCUUGUUUAAGUUUGACAGUUUGUUUGACUACUACUACUACUACUACUACUACUACUACUACUACUACUAAUUGUAAUAUCACGUAUUUUUCACGUACGCCAAUCAUAUGUAGUUGGGUAGGCAAAAGAGAGAAAACAGAAAAACAAACACACCUAACAUAAGCAAUCAAAUAAGUAAGGAUGUUAACGUGUAACGCGCUGCACGGACCAAGGGGAAGGGGAGGGGUAGCAGGCAGAUUUAGGAGAAGGAACCUGGUGUCCUGGUGCGGCAUUCAGCAAUGCAACAGAAGCAACGUAAUCAUCUACUUAUAUAGUCCCCUUUAUAUUAGCAAUGAAAGGCAUAUAGUAGCAACAAUGCAUCAUCAUCCUCCCCCCCCCCCACCCCCCUUAGCCGCCUUAUCGUCGACGUAGCUUCCUGUCGAACUUAAGCCCUGUUUGUUUGCGUUACUAUUAGCAACUGUUUUCUUAUUAACUAAACUAAAGAAAAGAAAGGGAAAACCUAGUCCCUCUCGUUUUUUGAUACAAUAUCUAUCCCGGUUGAUCAUGUACACUGUUGAUUUCCUAGUUUUCUAGUGAAUAGUUAGCUACAAUUAGAAAUCUGAGCCAGAAACGAAACACACACAUAUAGCCACGCGGAUGGGGGGGGGGGCCUUUAAGAGGUGUAAGUGUGUGCGUUUUUUGUUGUUGUAAAAAUGCUCGCUUAUCUUAUCGGUGACCCCCGCUAUGCUCGCCUGUGUGUGGGCGUGUGUGUGUGUGUGAGCGUACGUGCGACUAGUGUGAGCUAGGCUAGACGGACUAGACGGUGGAUUUGUUUGUUGAAUAAGUUUAGCAGUAGUAGUAGCACAGCAGUUUAUUGUAAUACGAAACUAUGGCGCUAAAUGAUAUUUAAUAGCAAAUGAUUGAUUUCAGAAUAAGAAGAACAUUUUUCGUUGUUUUAUUUCUUUUCUGUUUUGGUUUUUGAUUUGUUUUAUGUUCGUUUUGUUAACUUUUUGCUUCUGGUUGUAUUUUCUUCUCUAUUCUCUUUUUCUUUUUCUAUACUGUUCUUUUUUUCUACUUUGAUAAUGUUUGUCUAUUAUCACUUCUUCAUUCGUUUAUUUGGUCUUAUUUAGUGUUUUUUUUCUUUUUUAUAUUGUUUAUCUUUUAUUAUCUCUCGUUUUACGUUUGAUGUUUUUUUUUCUUUUAUAUUUUUUACCUUUCAGUUUACUCUUUCUUGCUUUUAUUAUACAGGAUGUACGACUGCUGUGCCGAUCGUCAUUCCAUGAAGCAGUGCAAAACGCUACCAAACGCUUCUGGGGGGGGGGGGGGGAUGCUUUUAUUCGUUUUAUUCUCACCCCUAUCACACUACUUUUCAUCUGCAAUAAGCUCCUUUCCUCAUUAGGGGGUUGCUGGUGGUGCAAAACGGUGCACACCAGCAAAACACACUUAAAGCGCAGAACAAUCAUAAUCAUGUCGAUCAAGAGCAUGCAAAAAAAAAUCACUGUUUAUUCUAAAGAUAAACACUAAAUUACUUUACAACAACGCAUAUAGCAUAUACAUAUGUAAAGAGGCAUGGGAAAACGGGAGAAUUAUUUUAUAUCGCGCAAACGGGUCAUGGGGAUAAAAAAGAUAAUCAUCAUUUAGUACGCUUGCUGCUGCUGUUGCUGCUAGUGGACGUGUGUGUGUGCAUGUGUGUGUGUGUGUGGGUGUAGUAUGAACAUGGAUAACAUAGUGCACUACCAUUUCAAUGCUAAAUCAUGUUGUUUGUUUAGAGUUUCCCUUUACUCUGUCUCUCUCUCUCCUUCUCUCUAUUUACUAGAACGCCUUAAUUUAUCGUACACGCACUGUGUUUUAUGCAGCUGGCAGCCGGCACUAUCGUUAGUAAGAGAAAGAGCCUUAUAGAAGUAGCCGUUGUUUUUUUUAAAGCAAAGUAGAUCGAGAGAGGAAGAGAACAUAGAUAUAUGGGCGCAAGAAGCAAUGCACAGAGUUGCUUCGUACGAUAUUUCGAUUGUGCCAAAACCUCUGAUAUAUUACGAAAAGAGACAUCAUCACAGCAAAAAAGCAAACAUCUCAUCACACAAACUCAGUAUCCAUAAAUAUCGGUCACUGUACCUCGGUACACAAGUACCCGAACGAGGUCAAAGGGCACGCUCGAAAAUAACCACUGUACUGUAGCUUUAUAGCGUGUAUUUGUUAAGCCGUUAAGCAGCUAGCAUCCUAUCACACUCACCCUCGCUCUAUCUUUCUCCGUUUCGCUCCUCCUUCUGUCUGUGGUUUCGUUCGAUGUCGCUGUCAGAAGGCAAGUCUGUUCUACUAAAGGUACAACUACACAAGUUUCCCUUCAAAAUAGUAGUAUGUUGUGUGUAGCUGAAUAGUAGAAGCAAAAGCCAUAAAUCAACCACACACUCACAAACAUCUACCAGCGAGGAGAGAUGGAAAUGGUAACAAAAUUAAGCUAAUCCAAAGCUAAAUUAGAGAUAGAAAGCGAGAGAAUGGAAAAAAACAAAACAAAAAUAUUAGAAUACUAGAGCCGAGCAAGGACAAAAGGAAAGAGAAGAAAAAGGGAAUCAUCUACUAUAGUCUUCCAGAUGUAUAUUUACACCUUUCUAAACCUUAUGGCCCCGUUUGCGUAGGACAUGAGCGAUACAGAGCAAAGCGUUCGUUUCAAAGCGUUAACGCGUGUUCACUGUGUUACCUUUGAAUGUGCUAAAUGUAUUUGUUUUUCUUUACUAUUGGUCUAUUAUUUAUGUUAAAACUGGACAGAACACAGUUAAGAUAGCAGUGCUGCGCUGCUGCUGCUCCUCUACUACCAGUUGGAGUUUAGAAAUGAAUGUAGUGUAAAGUUGUUUUCGUCGUACGCACGUUUGUAGGAAAGAUUCGCAGCCUAAAAGGAUAGAAGAGAGAGAGAGAGAGAGAGAGAGAGAGGGAGAGAGGGAGAGAGAGAGAGAGAGAGAGAGAGAAGAGAGAGAGAGAGAGAGAGAGAGAGAGAGAGAGAGAGAGAGAGAGGGAGGUAUGAUGCUCUGUAUUUUGAGUGUUUAUUUUGGUUCAAAACAGGUGCCUAAAUGCCCAAUGAAUGUUGUUACACUGUCUGAAAGAGCUUUAAAGUUUAGGUUUAACUCUACAAAGUAAAAGCGCGGAUUCCUUCGUUAGGUUCGCUUGUUAUACAAACACUAUACCCUGUAUUGUAGCUAUCUUGUUUAAAUCAUACAAAUUUACUAAAAAACCGCAAAACUAAAUAACAACACUCACACUCAACAAAAAGCGCAUACUCACAUACAAGUAAAUCACUCGCACAUAUGAUAUUUAUAUUAUAUAUACAUGCAAACAUAUAUAUACAUAUACAUAUAGUUAAAGAACGGGGGGAAGGGUAGAAAGGCAAAAGCAAGUAAGCAAGCAAACAAACAAACAAACCAACAAACAAAUCCUUUAUCGUUGAACAAACGGAAAAUAGACUGCACUGGAAAAUAAUUACUCUAUACAUUCGUAAACUUUAAACAAAAUCAAGCAUAGCAAAGAAGUAAAAGCGGGUAGGCUUGGGUGUAGUGCAAUUGAACGCAGAAGAAAGAAAAAAGACAAAUUAUUAGUACGAAAAGAAGUGCGUACACUGUUUGAGAAGAUAGUCGCAGGCAGAAAGGAAAGGGACAAACAAAACCAUGCAUCUAUAAAUGCAAAAGAUGAAACAAAAAUAUAAAACACAGAAGCAAUACACUUUUUCAAUGUCUUACUCUCUUUACACAGCUAACAAAACAAAAAAAAAAUGAAAAGAAGAGGAAGAAUAUGGUAGAGGACAAAAGGGGAGAAAAAAGAGAUAAAAACCAGUAACAAAAAUAUAGAAAUCGUAGAAAUAUUGUACCCCCGGGUAUUAAAAUCAGAAAAAUGCUACAAACAAAAAUUAAAAAAAAAAAAAACAACACUUA